AAAUAGCUCUAUGACCCCUACAUCUUGUCCUAGUAUCUCAGUCUCUCUUGUCUUGGAGGUUGAUGAUUCCGUGUUUGGAUCAUAUCUCAUCUGAUCUGAUCAUCAGCUAGUGCUAUUCCGAGCAGAAGCAGAAGCAGAAGCAAACAUGAGGAUGAUAGACUUGGGAAGCCAAAGGGGGCCCUUGCACAUGCACGUGCACAUGAACAUGAAAGUGAUGGACACACCAAUAACCUCCGUGGAGUGUGGCAGGGAAAUCAGAUUCCGGCGCUCAUUCCGCUCACUCAUGGAGUGCGUUGUCCCCUGCUGUGGUUUCCAGCCAUCUUCCACUGCCACCGACUCUCUCGCCAGCGAUGUUGAUGCCGAUGCUGCUGCUGCUGAGUCUACAAUUAAUCAUCAUCAUCAUCAUCAUCAUGGCUCCUCCUCUUCCUCAUCUUCCACAGUGACAGGGACGUUCUUCGGAUACAGAAAGGGGAGAGUGAGCUUCUGCAUCCAAGACGACAGGAGGAGGAGCAGCAGGAGUUCCCCUCUCUUGCUGUUGGAGUUUACUGUCCCCACCGCCUUCCUAGCCAGAGAGAUGCAGUACGGCCUUCUUCGUAUAGCUCUCGUCGAGUGUGGUGAGUACAGCCGUAGUCACAUAACCUCUGCCUCUAAACAAGGUUACUACUACCAGUACAAUUCGUCUUCCAAAAUCAAUACUGUUAGCAGCAGCUGCUCCUCUUCGUCGCUGUUCAACGUACCAGUGUGGGCCAUGUACUGCAACGGCAGGAAGGUUGGGUUUGCAAUGAGGCGUCAGAUGACGAUUGGGGACGUGGCAGUCCUCAAGCUCAUGCAAUCGGUUUCAGUUGGUGCAGGUGUCCUGCCUCCUAUCACUACUACUGCUACUGCUACUGCUACUACUAAGUCCCCAUCCGAGGAGGAGGAGGAGUGUGGCAGUGGUGGUGGUGAACUCAUGUAUCUAAGGGCCAGCUUCGAACGAGUCAUUGGAUCGGCCGACUCUGAGUCCUUCCACAUGAUUAACCCCGUCGGAAGCUCUAGCCAAGAGCUCAGUAUAUUUCUUCUCAGAUCAUGAUGAUUCCUCAUCCCCAAUAUCUACGUGCCUUGUUCACUUAUAAAUGCAAUUACAAAAGAAUUCGUUGGGUGUA